AUGGCGAUCCGUAUACGCCUCGCUAUGCAUGGCACCCGCAGCAGGCGCAUCUUCCACCUCGUCGCCAUCGACCAGAGGAAGCGCCGCGACGCGAAGCCCGCCGAGCUCCUCGGUGUCUAUAACCCCCACCUCGACAUCGGCGACAAGCACAAGACCGUGCAAUGGAGUGUUGACAGAAUCAAGUAUUGGCUGGGCGUCGGGGCAGUACCCUCGAAAUCUGCUGUGCGCAUGCUUGAAUGGGGUGGUGUCCUUCCCCCAGACUCGAAGUAUCACCCCAAAGCUCUCUCCACCCAGAACACUCCUUCAGCGACCCCCGUCCCUCCGGAGGCUGCGAAAGUCGACCCUUCAUUGUCCGUGGAAGAGCUUGUCAACAACCCUAUGGCGCGUCCAAAGCACUCAUAA